GCGAUGAGCGCCCCUCCGCUGCGGCGGCCGCCCAGCCCGCUGCCGCCCGUGGCCGCGGCCGCCGCCGCCGCCGCCGCCGCCGCCGCCGUCGCGCUGGUGCCGGGGUCGGGGCCGGGGCCGGGGCCGGGGCCGGCGCCUCCCGCGGGGGGCAUCUCCUUCCAUCUGCAGAUCGGCCUGAGCCGCGAGCCGGUGCUGCUGCUGCAGGACUCGUCCGGCGACUACAGCCUGGCGCACGUCCGCGAGAUGGCUUGCUCCAUCGUGGACCAGAAGUUCCCUGAGUGUGGUUUCUACGGAAUGUAUGAUAAGAUCCUUCUUUUCCGCCAUGACCCUACCUCUGAAAACAUCCUGCAGCUGGUGAAGACAUCCGGCGAUAUCCAGGAAGGGGACCUGAUUGAAGUGGUCUUGUCAGCUUCUGCCACCUUUGAGGACUUCCAGAUCCGUCCGCAUGCCCUCUUUGUCCAUUCUUACCGUGCCCCGGCCUUCUGUGAUCACUGUGGAGAGAUGCUUUGGGGGCUGGUGCGCCAGGGCCUGAAAUGCGAAGGAUGCGGUCUAAAUUACCAUAAGAGAUGUGCAUUUAAAAUCCCUAACAAUUGCAGUGGUGUGAGGCGGAGGAGGCUCUCAAACGUUUCACUCACUGGGCUCAGCACCACCCGCACAUCAUCUGCUGAGCUGGCUACCAGUGCCCCCGACGAGCCCCUGCUGUCUCCUGUGAGUCCCGGCUUUGAGCAGAAGUCACCAUCAGAGUCCUUCAUUGGUCGAGAGAAAAGGUCCAAUUCGCAGUCGUACAUCGGACGGCCCAUUCAGCUGGACAAAAUGCUGAUGUCCAAGGUGAAGGUGCCGCACACGUUUGUCAUCCACUCAUACACGCGGCCGACCGUGUGCCAGUACUGCAAGAAGCUGCUCAAGGGCCUGUUCAGACAGGGCUUGCAGUGCAAAGACUGCAGAUUCAACUGCCAUAAGCGUUGCGCUCCCAAAGUCCCGAACAACUGCCUGGGUGAAGUGACCAUCAAUGGAGAUUUGCUCAGCCCAGGAGCAGAGUCUGACGUGGUCAUGGAAGAAGGGAGUGAUGACAAUGACAGUGAGCGGAACAGCGGGCUCAUGGACGACAUGGAAGAGGCCAUGGCCCAGGAUGCAGAGAUGGCCCUGGCGGAGAGCCAGAGCGACGGUGGGGAAAUGCAAGACGCAGACCCCGACCAGGAAGACUCCACCAGAACCAUAAGUCCAUCAACAAGCAACAACAUCCCUCUUAUGAGGGUCGUACAGUCUGUCAAACACACGAAAAGGAAAAGCAGCACAGUCAUGAAGGAAGGAUGGAUGGUCCACUACACGAGCAAGGACACACUGCGGAAACGGCACUAUUGGCGGCUGGACAGCAAAUGCAUUACGCUCUUCCAAAAUGACACGGGCAGCAGGUACUACAAGGAAAUUCCUUUGUCAGAAAUUUUAUCUCUGGAACCAGCAAACUCUCCAGGAUUAAUUCUCAGCGGUGCCAAUCCUCAUUGCUUUGAAAUCACCACAGCACACGUAGUAUAUUACGUGGGAGAAAAUGUGGUCAACCCUUCCAGCCCCCCACCCAAUAACAGCGUCUUCACCAGCGGCAUAGGUGCGGAUGUGGCCAAGGUGUGGGAGAUGGCCAUCCAGCACGCCCUCAUGCCAGUCAUCCCCAAAGGCUCAUCCGUGGGGGCAGGAUCCAACUCGCACAAAGAUAUUUCCAUCAGCAUUUCCGUAUCCAAUAGCCAGAUUCAAGAAAAUGUGGACAUCAGCACGGUUUAUCAAAUUUUUCCUGAUGAAGUACUGGGAUCUGGACAGUUUGGAAUUGUGUAUGGAGGAAAACAUCGUAAAACAGGAAGAGAUGUAGCUAUUAAAAUCAUUGACAAAUUGAGAUUUCCAACAAAACAAGAAAGCCAGCUUCGUAAUGAGGUUGCAAUUCUUCAGAACCUUCAUCACCCUGGUGUUGUCAAUUUGGAGUGUAUGUUUGAGACGCCCGAGAGAGUGUUUGUUGUUAUGGAGAAACUCCAUGGAGACAUGCUAGAGAUGAUCUUGUCGAGCGAAAAGGGCAGGUUGCCAGAGCACAUAACGAAGUUUUUAAUUACUCAGAUACUCGUGGCUUUGCGGCAUCUUCAUUUUAAAAAUAUCGUUCACUGUGACCUCAAGCCAGAAAAUGUGUUGCUGGCGUCGGCGGAUCCUUUCCCUCAGGUGAAGCUUUGUGAUUUUGGUUUUGCUCGGAUCAUUGGGGAGAAAUCUUUCCGGAGGUCUGUGGUGGGUACCCCAGCUUACCUGGCACCUGAAGUCCUCAGGAACAAGGGCUAUAACCGCUCCCUGGACAUGUGGUCUGUCGGGGUCAUCAUCUACGUGAGCCUGAGCGGCACAUUCCCAUUUAACGAAGAUGAAGACAUUCACGACCAGAUCCAGAAUGCAGCUUUCAUGUAUCCACCAAACCCCUGGAAGGAGAUCUCUCACGAAGCCAUUGACCUAAUCAAUAAUUUGCUGCAAGUAAAAAUGAGAAAGCGCUACAGUGUGGAUAAGACCUUGAGCCACCCUUGGCUACAGGACUAUCAGACCUGGUUAGAUUUACGAGAGCUGGAAUGCAAAAUGGGGGAACGCUACAUCACCCACGAGAGUGAUGACUCAAGGUGGGAGCAGUACGCAGGAGAACAGGGGCUGCAGUACCCGGCACACCUGAUUGAUCCAAGUGCGAGCCACAGUGACAGUCCGGAGACUGAAGGAGGAGAGAUGAAAGCCCUCAGCCAGCGAGUCAGCAUCCUCUGAGUUCCAGCCCCUCGAAUCUGUCACAACACUGUGGAAUUAAUAAAUACAUACGGUCAGGUUUAACAUUUGCCUUGCAGAACUGCCAUUAUUUUCUGUCAGAUGAGAACAAAGCUGUUAAACUGUUAGCACUGUUGAUGCAUCUGAGUUGCCAAGACAAAUCAACAUAAGCAUUUGUAUUUUGUGUGACCAACUGUGUUGUAUUAACAAAAGUUCCCUGAAACACUAAACUUGUUAUUGUGAAUGAUUCAUGUUAUAUUUAAUGCAUUAAACCUGUCUCCACUGUGCCUUUUGCAAAUCAGUGUUUUUCUUACUGGAGCCUCCUUGGGGCAGAGACAGAACCUGUCCAUGCAGUUGCUCUGUGUGGUGUGUCCUAUUCAUGUUGAUGUAAGCAAACUCUUGAAGAGUCCAUCAUUACCAGUGUUCUAUGAACAGUUUGAAACACAUGGGGAAAACGAAAGGGGCAAGUGAAAGGAUAUAAACAAGAUCGCCCAGAAGAAUUACUGUAUGGGUUCAAGUCAUUUGUCUGCCUGGUGUGCCUCAAUAUAUCCUAACUCAAGUCAGCACACCUAGGCACUCAGAGCCUACUGCUCUUAAGCCUAAAUGCCUUAGAAAUGUAAACUGCUAUAUACAAACAGUAUGUUCCUUUCCUAAAAUACCCAUCUGUAUGUGGGAAAGCAGCAGCUAAGCAACCUUUGGCCUUUUGUGUAUUUUUCAAU